GGGACAUAGAUUGGUGAAGAUGCUGCCAAGUUUCAUCAAUUGAACUGACAACAGUGUUUGGCUUGGUUAGAAAUCGGUCUUGGACCGUUUUUGGUGCGUUUUGCCGGCAUUUAUUUUGGAUAAUUUUCGAUUUUUCCGUGUCGCGGCGAAUGUUAUGUUUACCUUACGGUGUGUCGCUUAAUGUUAAUUGAAACCCAGAAACGCUAGUUUUCACUGCGGGAUAAUUUUGUACAGUAGAAGAAUAUCUCCCUAACGGAUCGUUACGUGGGGUCCAAUGUUGCGAAGGUGAAGUUACAGAAAUACGCAGGCAGGAUGAAAAGAUCAUCGGCAGAGGUCUUGGCGCUUUUCGCCCUGACAGUAGUUUCAUCGGUAAAACCAGAUGCGGUCUCGGUCAUCCCUCAUGACGCCCACCCAGGCUACAGCGUCAAAAAAUUCAACGAACAUUUCUCCUUGUUAAAUUCUACGUUUUCCGAAUUCUUCACGAUGCUUCAGGACGGUUCGAUCAUGACCGUUAGCGACGUCAGUCCUUUGAUAAAUCGACCUGUAGACUUAGUUGUUUUGGAAGAAAAGGGUAACAUGACCAAAGAGCAUAUGGUUCAACUUCUAGUGCUCGAUCGGCGGAACAUGCUCAGUUUCAAAGAAGACAACGAAGAACUAAACGGCAGGGUCGGAGAGAAUCAACCCACGGGUACCAGAGUAGCGGGCUUGUCGAUAUUGCAAGUUACAACCAGAUUAAAUAUACCUCUGUCUUAUAGUAUUAUUGCCGGAAAUGUUGCUCAAAGUUUCGAAUUGAAAAGCAGUAUUAGUGGUGAAACGAGUCCUAACAUUACCGUGGAGAGCAAUGGGGGAGUGUAUUUGGUAACAUCUCAAGUUCUGGAUAGAGAAGACGUUAGUCGCUAUGUGCUGACAAUUCAGGCGUCGGAUCUAAGUGGCAUAAACAAAGCGGUUACCAAUAUCGUUGUAGAUGUCGAAGACGAGAAUGACAACAGUCCUAUAUUCACUAAAAAGGUGUACCGGUUUAUUGUCGGCGAUGAUUCCUUAGAAGGGGACAACGUGACGAAGACUUGGAAGCGUUUCUCAUCCAUAGGAAAGGUUGAAGCAACCGACGCUGACGGAGAUAAGAUCGCGUACAAAUUGGCUACUCCGACUAACUUCUUGGUGAUCGUCCCUCAAACGGGUGACCUACUUCUUUCGCAGGAGCCAAUUGAAGAAAUUGAACUAGAGCUGAUCGUCGAAGCACAUGACUUAAGAAUGCCGAGCCGAUCGUCACCAAGACCCGCUCAGGUUAUUUUCCAUUACAAGCCGUUGGAAGACGCCAAGGACGAUUUGGAUUUGCAAAACUUGGACGAGCACAAACGGGAGAAACGGAGAGUUACUAGGGCGGUGCGACCGACGAAAAGAAUCGAGUUUACAGAAACUGACGGGGAAACUGAAGGGCGGGUUGUUUUCCAAUUGGAAAAGGAGACCGAUAGGGAAACUUUUAAAAUAAGGGACGAGAAUCCUUGGGUUACCGUGGAUCAAAACGGGUCUGUCAGGGUGAAAAAGAAGUGGGACUACGAGGAGCUGGGGCCUGAGAAAACUAUUGAUUUCUGGGUGACUAUAACGAAUGCCGAGAAAGGAGACACGGACAACCAAAGGGUAAUUAUCCACGUGCGCGACGUCAACGACGAACCUCCGUACUUCAUAAACCGACCCCUGCCGAUGCAGGCGGUGGUGCAGCUGAACGCACCGCCCAACACCCCCGUGUUCACCCUUCAAGCGCGAGAUCCCGACACCGAUCACAACAUCCACUAUUUCAUCGUCAGGGAUAGAACGGGGGGUCGGUUCGAAGUUGAUGAAAGAUCCGGCGUUGUUAGAACUCGUGGUACCGACUUGUUCCAAUUGGAUAUGGAAUAUGUUCUUUACGUCAAAGCGGAAGACCAAAACGGAAGGCUAGACGAUAGAAGAUUCCAAAGUACUCCAGAAGAAAGAUUAUCUAUCGUAGGAGGAAAAAGGGCGCCGCAGUUUUACAUGCCCAGCUACGAAGCCGAAAUUCCAGAAAACCAAAAGAAAGAUUCCGACAUCAUUUCAGUAAAAGCCAAAUCUUUUGCGGAUCGCGAAAUCCGAUACACCCUAAAGGCCCAAGGUCAAGGUGCUGGAACUUUUAACAUCGGUCCCACUUCAGGAAUCGUUAAAUUAGCUAAAGAACUGGACUUCGAGGAUUUGAGGCAGCCGCACGUUUAUUCACUGGUCGUUACCGCUACAGAAGAUUCUGGGGGAUUUUCAACAUCAGUGGAGCUUACCAUCAGAGUUACCGAUGUAAAUGAUAACGCUCCAAAAUUCGAACUGCCCGACUAUCAAGCGCAUAAUGUAGAUGAAGAUAUCCCACCUGGCACUAGCAUUCUGAAAGUAAAGGCCAUGGACGCAGAUUCUGGAACAAAUGCCGAAAUCGAAUACUUUGUCUCGGAUGAUCAUUUUAGCGUCGAUCCCAGUGGGAUCAUAUCGAAUAAUAAGCAACUGGACGCCGAUAACAACAAUGCUUAUUAUGAAUUCGUUGUUACCGCCAAAGACAAGGGUGAACCCGCUAAAACUGGCACUGCCACGGUUCGAGUGUAUACCAAAAACAAGAACGAUGAGGAGCCAAAAUUCUCGCAGCAAGUCUAUACCCCAAACGUAGAUGAAAAUGCGGGACCAAAUACUUUAGUAACUACUGUGGUGGCAUCAGACAAAGAUGGGGACAAUGUGAGAUUUGGAUUUGUUGGUGGUGGCACCAGCUCUGGUCAAUUCGUAAUCGAAGAAAUUACCGGCGUAAUUCGAUUGCACUCGAAAGCCAUAUCACUAGACAGAGACAAGUAUGAAUUAAACGUCACCGCGAUGGACGAUGGAGCCUGUUGCCCAAACGGGGACACCACAAUCCAUACUAGUACCGCCGUUGUUGUCGUUUUCAUCACCGAUGUCAACGAUAAUAAACCCAUCUUUAAAGAUUGCGGUACUUAUUAUCCUAAGGUGGAGGAAGGGGCUCCGAACGGCUCUCCAGUUAUCAAGGUUCACGCAACCGACGAGGACAAAGGAGUCAAUGGACAAGUAAAAUACUCCAUAGUUCAACAACCCAAUCAAAAGGGUACAAAAUUCACCGUUGACGAAGAGACCGGUGAAGUAUCUACAAAUAAAGUUUUCGAUCGGGAGGGCGACGAUGGCAAAUUCGUUUCGGUGACUGUGAAAGCUACCGAUCAAGGCGAACCGUCUUUAGAAGGCGUUUGUUCAUUUACCGUGGAAAUUACGGACGUCAAUGAUAAUCCGCCAUUGUUUGACCGCCAGAAAUACGUCGAAAACGUCAAACAAGAUGCGAGCAUCGGCACAAACAUCCUCAGGGUGUCCGCAUCCGACGAAGACGCGGACAAUAACGGCGCCAUAGUUUACACACUGAAUGCGGGUUCUAACGCUGCCGACCUCGAAUACUUCGAGAUCCAACCAGAAAGCGGUUGGAUAGUACUUAAGAAGCCAUUGGACCUCCGGGAUCGAAAACAACCCGACGGUCUUCUACAGACUCAUGCCGGGAUCCACAGCCCAGACCAACAAGUAUCACACAUUUUAUCUUCAACAACGACCUGACAAUGGAUUUACCUGGGCUGAUAUCAAGGUCAAUCAUCCGCUGGACUACGAGACUAUUAAGGAAUAUAAUUUGACUAUACGAGUAGAGAACAAUGGCGCUCAACAACUAGCUUCUGAAGCCACAGUUUACAUUCAGCUUGAGGAUGUUAAUGACGAAAUUCCACUAUUUACCGAAAGAGAACAAGAAACCGUGCUGGAAGGUGAACCAAUUGGCACCAAAGUAACCC